UAUAAACCCUACAUCUCCAGCAAUGGCGGGAACCCCAAUUCCCCCUUCCCAGCCUUCCCGCCUCUCCAGUCCCCACCCACAUCCCCUCUCCCACUCCCGCUCUACGGCGAUGAGCUCAGGCGGGCGCGGCGGCAAGCGGCGGACGGCGCCGCCCCAAGCGCCCUCCGCGGCGGCGGCGAAGCGGGCCCACCCCAUGCCGACCACCGGCACCCCGCAGCCGCCGCCUCCGGCCCCGCCGGCCGCGACGGCGGAGGAGGAGGACAUGAUGGACGAGGACGUGUUCCUGGACGAGGCCAUCCUGGCGGAGGACGAGGCGGCGCUUCUGCUGCUCGACCGCGACGAGGCCCUCGCCUCCCGCCUCUCCCGGUGGAAGCGGCCCGCCCUCCCCGCCGACCUCGUCUCCGGUUGCUCCCGCUCCGUUGCUUUUCAGCAGCUGGAUAUAGAUUAUGUUAUUGGCGAGAGCCACAGAGAAUUGCUCCCCAACACUUCCGGACCUGCAGCUAUAAUCAGAAUUUUUGGUGUCACCAAAGAAGGUCACAGUGUUUGCUGUCAGGUGCAUGGAUUUGAGCCAUAUUUCUACAUUAGCUGCCCAUCAGGGAUGGGUCCGGAUGAUAUUUCACGCUUCCAGCAAGCACUUGAGGUGAGGAUGAAGGAAUCAAAUAGAAGUAGCAACGUGCCAAGGUUUGUGAAGAGAGUUGAUCUUGUGCAGAAGCAGACAAUUAUGCAUUACCAGACACAGAAAUCUCAGUCUUUCCUCAAGAUAGUAGUUGCCCUACCUACAAUGGUUGCUAGUUGUCGCGGCAUCCUGGAACGGGGCAUAACGAUUGAAGGCUUUGGUUCGAAGAGUUUCCUGACAUAUGAAAGCAACAUUCUUUUUGCCCUUCGCUUUAUGAUUGACUGCAACAUUGUUGGUGGCAAUUGGAUUGAAGUUCCUCGUGGGAAGUAUAGGAAAGCAGCUCGCAUCAUGUCGUAUUGUCAACUAGAGCUGGAUUGCAUAUAUUCCGAUUUAGUAAGCCAUGCUGCUGAAGGGGAAUACUCUAAGAUGGCCCCAUUUCGCAUAUUAAGUUUUGACAUAGAAUGUGCUGGUCGCAAAGGGCACUUCCCAGAACCAACUCAUGAUCCUGUUAUUCAGAUAGCCAAUUUACUGACGCUUCAAGGAGAAGCCCAACCUUUCGUACGGAAUGUCAUGACCCUUAAAUCAUGCUCACCUAUUGUUGGAGUCGAUGUGAUGUCAUUUGACACGGAGAGAGAUAUUCUACUUGCUUGGAGGGAUUUAAUACGCGAGGCGGAUCCUGAUAUUAUAAUUGGAUACAAUAUCUGCAAAUUUGAUCUGCCCUAUCUUAUUGAGAGAGCUGAAGUUCUGAAGAUAGUGGAGUUUCCGCUACUUGGUCGAAUCAGAAAUAGCCGUGUUCGUGUCCGUGAUACUACCUUCAACUCAAGGCAAUAUGGUGUGCGUGAAAGUAAAGAUGUAACUGUGGAGGGAAGGGUACAAUUUGAUCUUCUGCAGGCUGUGCAAAGGGAUUACAAGCUGAGUUCUUAUUCGCUGAACUCUGUAUCUGCACAUUUUCUUGGGGAGCAAAAAGAAGACGUUCAUCAUUCAAUUAUAUCUGAUCUUCAAAAUGGGAACUCAGAGACACGAAGGCGGCUGGCAGUCUAUUGCUUAAAGGAUGCUUACCUUCCGCAGAGACUCUUAGAUAAAUUGAUGUACAUCUACAACUACGUAGAGAUGGCGAGGGUCACAGGGGUUCCCAUUUCAUUUCUGCUCUCGAGAGGACAGAGCAUUAAGGUCCUCUCGCAGCUACUCAGGAAAGCAAAGCAAAGAAACCUUGUUAUACCAAACAUAAAGGGCCAAGGUUCUGGACAAGAUACCUUUGAGGGUGCAACUGUUUUGGAGGCAAGGGCUGGAUUUUAUGAGAAGCCCAUUGCAACUUUGGACUUUGCUUCUCUAUAUCCAUCCAUCAUGAUGGCACAUAACCUAUGCUACUGCACUCUGGUGCCCCCUGAGGAUGUCCGUAAACUCAACUUGCCUCCAGAAAGCCUGUACAAAACCCCAUCUGGUGAAAUAUUUGUGAAACCAGAACUGCAAAAGGGUAUACUUCCUGAAAUCCUUGAAGAACUGUUGACUGCUCGAAAAAGAGCAAAAGCAGAUCUGAAGGAAGCAAAAGACCCAUUUGAAAGGGCGGUUCUUGAUGGUCGUCAGCUUGCCCUAAAAAUAAGUGCAAACUCAGUUUACGGUUUUACUGGAGCUACUGUUGGUCAAUUGCCCUGUUUAGAGAUUUCUUCAAGUGUGACAAGCUACGGAAGACAGAUGAUUGAGCAUACAAAGAAGCUUGUUGAAGAUAAAUUCACAACACUUGGAGGCUAUGAGCAUAACGCAGAGGUGAUUUAUGGAGAUACUGAUUCUGUGAUGGUACAGUUUGGUGUUUCGACAGUUGAGGACGCAAUGAAAUUGGGCAGAGAAGCUGCAGAUUAUAUUAGUGGAACAUUUAUUAAGCCCAUCAAGCUAGAGUUUGAAAAAGUCUAUUUCCCAUAUCUGCUGAUCAGCAAGAAGAGAUAUGCUGGUUUGUACUGGACAAAUCCUGAGAAAUUUGACAAAAUGGAUACAAAAGGUAUUGAAACAGUAAGAAGGGACAAUUGUUUGUUGGUAAAGAACCUGGUAACCGAGUGCCUUCACAAAAUACUAGUGGACCGAGAUGUUCCCGGGGCAGUUCAAUAUGUUAAGAACACCAUAUCUGAUCUAUUAAUGAACCGUGUGGACUUGUCACUUCUAGUUAUAACAAAGGGUCUGACUAAAACAGGAGAAGACUAUGCUGUAAAAGCUGCCCAUGUAGAGCUUGCUGAGAGGAUGCGGAAGAGGGAUGCUGCUACUGCACCAACUGUUGGUGACCGUGUUCCUUAUGUUAUAAUAAAAGCAGCAAAAGGGGCAAAGGCAUAUGAGAAGUCAGAAGAUCCUAUUUAUGUUCUGGAUAAUAACAUACCAAUAGAUCCUCAAUACUACCUUGAGAACCAAAUUAGCAAACCACUGUUGAGAAUAUUUGAACCAAUUCUGAAGAACGCCAGCAGAGAACUGCUUCAUGGAAGUCACACCAGAGCUGUUUCAAUCUCAACUCCAUCAAAUAGCGGGAUAAUGAAAUUUGCUAAGAAACAACUGACUUGCCUUGGAUGCAAAGCUGUUAUAAGUGGCCCCAAUCAAACACUUUGCUCACAUUGCAAGGGGAGAGAAGCAGAAUUAUACUGCAAAACUGUAGCAAAUGUUUCUGAUCUGGAGAUGCUCUUUGGGAAGCUAUGGACACAGUGCCAAGAGUGCCAAGGCUCCCUACACCAGGAUGUUCUCUGUACCAGUCGGGACUGCCCUAUUUUCUACCGGCGAAGAAAAGCGCAGAAAGACAUGGCUGAAGCUAGGGUGCAGCUCGAUCGCUGGGACUUCUGAGUCCUCUCAGAAAUCUGACAACUCGCGUUUUCUCUCUGACAACCCGCAUUUCCAUACGUGUUGCAAAAAGGCGUAAUUGCGAGUGGCGUGCUGCUGCCAGAUCAUGUGAUUGCAUCAUGAUGCUAUGGGCCAGCGUGAUGACGAUUAGUGGUCGCCCUUCUAGUCAGAAUGGGCUUUGAGAUAGGCUUGCUGUAUGGUUCAUCUGCAUGCCGGAUUAGUUGGCAGGGACUUUGUAUCUCCUGCCAUUGGCAGCAACAACCUUGGUAGAUAGAAUGAUUGGUGUAGCGGUGAGCUGCUGACGUGUAAGGUAUAGCAGCUCAUCUUGUAAUUUGGUGAAUUGUAACAAAGUGAUGUUGUAACUUGCUGAGAUUUUACACGUGGUCAUGUCUGGCAAGUUUUCCUAAUUUGUAUAGUAGUUCCACAACAGAUAAAAUCUGACCAUUGUUUCAAGUACACCAUUCAUUAAUCUUC